GCCAUGUUGUGACCUGUGACCCGGCGCGUGGGACAGACAGUCAGAAGCAGCUCCGCUCACAAACCAAGGACAGAAGUCCUCUAAAAACUCCCGUAUACAUCACCAACCGGACCGACUCACAGGACUAACCCAUGGCGCCCGUACCGAAGGUCCAGCCGGCGGCGGGGGACCAGCCCGCCGGGAUCCGGGCCAUCCUGCUCGGGCCGCCCGGUGCCGGGAAAGGCACUCAGGCUCCCAAGCUGGCAGAGAAGUACUGUGUAUGUCACCUCGCCACAGGUGAUAUGCUUCGUGCUGUUGUUGCCUCUGGAUCUGAGCUUGGGAAAAGGCUGAAGGAAACAAUGGACCAAGGUAAACUGGUUAGUGAUGAGAUGGUUGUGGAGAUGAUUGACAACAACCUGGACAAACCUGAGUGUCAGAAUGGCUUCCUGCUGGACGGCUUCCCUCGUACUGUCACUCAGGCAGAGAAGCUGGAUGACCUCCUGGACUCCAGGCAGUCCCAGCUGGACUCAGUAGUAGAGUUCGGGAUUGACGACUCUUUAUUGGUCAGGAGGAUCUGUGGCAGGCUCAUCCACAAGCCCAGUGGAAGAUCGUACCAUGAAGAGUUUAACCCUCCUAAGGUGGAGAUGACUGAUGAUGUGACUGGUGAACCGUUGAUACGUCGGUCAGACGACAAUGCUGCGACGCUGACCAAGCGACUGGAGGCGUAUCACAACCAGACCAAACCACUGGUGGACUACUACCAGAGGAAGAACCUCCACGCCAAGGUGGACGCUGCACAGAGUCCAGACAUCGUCUUCGCAAGCAUCCAGGCAAUUUUUGACCAGGCAACCAGUAAAGAUAAAGUGCUGUUCAUGUGAAAGUCACCAGGGGGCAGUGCUUCUUAUAACAUAGGGAUGUAGCUGGUGGAACUUGAUAACCAUAAUAAACAGUAUACAAUUGGUGGCAAAAUAAUUAAAAUGUUACAUGUCCAUCUACAACUUUGGGACCCAACUGGAAUAGCACAAAUUAUGGUGUUAUGCCUCAUAGAAAUGUCAGACAAAAUUGUGUCAAUUUUUAAAUAUUGAAAAUGAAAUACACAAACUUAAAAGACAAAGCUGUUAAGUACAAGUAAAAAAAAGUACAAAAACUGGCCAUAUUUCUACAUGUUUAACAGUUGUACAAUGAUUGGUUUCUCUACAAUGUCUGUCAUAUAUACUAGGACACAGUAAUACAUGUA